UUUAAGAAUUUCUUGUGAGAUUGCAUCUUCUUUAUUCUACUAAUAUUCUAACUAUAAUAUAAAAAACUCAGUCUGGCCCUAGUAAUCCAUCGUAUUUUCAGAACAAAUCUUUUGUGUUUUGUUUUAAUAAUUUUGAAUGAUUUAGUCAGCUUUAGGCGUUUCCCCAGCUGGUUUCCGUUUCUCCACCAGAGGGCAGCAGAACUGAGCGUCUUUAAAUGUUUCUGUGUGAGAAAGCGAGAGCCAAAACCACCAAAAGAAAGUAUGCAUGCGUGAUUGUGCAGGCAAAUGUGUGUAUUUGUGAGGGUGCCAGCCUUGUUUGUAUGCCAGUCCUGACAAAAGCUCCAUCCAGCCGUGCAGCAGAGGGCUGCUUGUUCCCAGAGACCCUCAGAGCUCCAGGACAGCCAGUCCCUCUGCAGUCCAGACCGGGAUCCGGACCUGAGCGCUCCCCGCCCUGCCCUCCACCUCCUGGAGCUCCGGUUGGAUUACCGAUGGAUGGGAAACACACACAGGAGCGUCUGAAGUGAGAUAGUUUGAGUGUUUGGAGAGGAGGAAACUUCUCAGCUGGAUGUCCAAGCAAACAACACAAGUUCUGCUCAGUUUGGAAAACUCAACUUCAACUCUCAACUUUUGCAUCUGGGAUCGGGAUAUUUUUAUUUGACCAAUCUUGGAGGAAGACAGUUGGUAACUUCCAAACACAGGCUGAUCAUUUUAUUCCAGAGUUCAAGAACCUUCUUGGAUACUCCUGGGGUUUUAUCGGAUUGUUGGUCUUGGACUUUCCACAAACAGGCUAAAUUCAACGGUUCUGGUUUGAGGUGGAAGUAGAUCUUUUAAACUUGUAGGUCAUGGCUCCAUCAUUUGUUUUUUUGCUCUGUCUUUACCUCCCGCUGCAGUUCAUUCAUGCAAAGACUGUUGAGCAACAGGACAAGCAACAGAGCAAUCCCCAUAAAUCCCCCGACAGCGUCCAGCUGGAGGCUCUUCGCCUGAAGAGCAGGAAGCAGUUAAAGCCCGCAGACGAUGCCUCCAACCCUGAACACACCCCCCCUGUACCCGACAUGGUGGACCUGGACCUGGACCGCCGGGUCCGCCUGGCCCGCGGCGCAGAUGAAGACGAGCAGCAGUCCACCUUCAGCCAUUCCUAUGAGAACGAGUGGGUGACGACGCCUCAACUCACAGAGUUCAGCAACACAACCAGGGUAGAACUGAACCACAGAGACGAGAUCAACCUCCAGGCAAACACCUCCAACCCCGACGACGAGGGUCCCUUCAACCCGUUUUACCCGCUGGUGGAGAGCUCGUACGUGGCGUAUGUGGUUCUGCUCCUGGCCGGCCUGGUGCUGGCUGUGGGCGUGGUGGCCAACAUGGCGGUCAUGUGUGUGGUUUGGAACAACUACUACAUGAGGUCCGCCUGGAACUACCUGCUGGCCAGCAUAGCAUUCUGGGACUUCCUGGUCCUGGUGGUCUGCCUUCCAGUGGUGGCGCUCAACCACCUGUCCCACCGGAGGAUCCUGGGCGACAUCACCUGCCGCUUGGUGCCGUACAUGGAGAUAGCGUCUCUCGGUAUAACCUCCUUCACGCUGUGCGCCCUGGGGAUCGACCGUUUCCACUCCGCCACCUCCUCGCCCCAGCAGAAGGCCCGGCGGGUGGAGCGCUGCCGCUCCGUUCUGCUGAAGAUGCUGCUGGUUUGGCUCUCGGCUCUGCUGCUGUCCAGCCCAGAAAUCUUCCUGUGGCAGCUGAGCCAGGCGGUGUCUCCGUCCACCGGCAGGAUGGUUGACACCUGCACCAUCACCCCAUCCUCCCCACUGUCCCUGUACCUGCCCGACUCCCUCCACUCCCUGCUCCUCAGGUACCACCAGGGUCGCAUGUGGUGGUGUUUCGGCUGCUACUUCUGCCUCCCCGUCCUCUUCACCAUCCUCUGCCAGAUGGCCACUCGCAACGUCAACAGCGACUCCAGCUCUGCCCAGAAGCAGCGUAACCAUGACGACCGCGCCAACAGCCAGAAGCGCCAGCAGCACCAGGCGGUGGAGCGGCAGCUGAACUGCACCCUGCUGGCGCUAGCCGUGGUUUAUGGGAUCUGCGCUCUGCCAGAACAUGUCUGCAACAUCACCCUGGCCUGCACACAUAUCACCGUCUCUGAGGGCACAGCAGCCAUUCUGGAGCUGUUACAUCACUUCCUGUUGUUCCUAAAGUGCGCGGUGACGCCGGUGCUGCUGCUGUGUCUGUGUAAGGCUCUUGGUCAGGCCUUCAUGGACUGCUGCUGCUGCUGCUGUCAGGAGUGCCAGCCAACCACGGCCCAGGACUCACCAGGCUCCGCCCAGGUCAAACUGAAGGCAGCCAAUGAGACUUCCAUCUUCUUUGACAAGGCUAAAGACACGACGGCCAUCUUGUCCAUCUCCAGCUAGAGCCACACGUUCCUCUUCAGUUAUCGCUCCAUGCAUCCGUCUUCUCCUGGAUGUCCAGUCAUCUCUUAGAAAUAACUCCAGGUUUCCUUCCUUUCGUCUUUCUUAACUUCUUCUUCUGCUCUCUACAUGAUCUAUCCAUCUUUUUCCAUCACCUUUCUUCUUCCUGUGCACACCUUUUCAGCCAGACCACUGUUUUGUUCGGGACACUGCAGCUUCCUGUCUGUACAGGAACUAAUGUUUCAUCAGUUAGAAAAGCUGCUGUGGAGACCUGUGUUGACAGCAGGAACCUGUUCCCAGGACUCUGAAGAGAAAACCCCGACCGCCCUCUGUAGAUCCAAGCUGUGAAGUUAUUUUUUGUUCUUACUGAAAGUAAUUUAAGCUAAAUCAAAGCUGUAGUUUCUAUGAAUGUUUAGCUGAGAGAGAAACCUGAAGGUCUGCUGCUACGACCAGCUGGCUUCACACCCCUGGCAAAACGUCUGGAUUACUGAAACUAAAAACUGAAACAUGAUAAAUCACUCCAUGAAGCGCCAAGUGUAAAGUUACAAACUGAAAAAUUAACAGCAGGAAUUUGAGUUAUUUAGCCUGCCAUAUUUUCACUAUGUUGUUAAAACUAAAUAUUGAUUUGGCAAGAUAAAUAUUCAGACUCCAAGAUAAACAUUUAGCUCACUAAAUAAUGAUUGUAACAUAUUUAAUUAAAAUAUUUAGCUUCCAGGCUAGUUUUAGUUUAGCAACGUGAACAAUUAGUUUUCAAACUAAAUAUUUAACUCAGAGCAAAUUAUUUAACUAAUACACAAAUACACUGGACCCAGUUGGCCCAGAUUUUCUGUGUUCUGGUGUUUAGAACCAGACUGGACCCAGUUGGUUCUGGUGUUCAGAACCAGCUGGUUCUGGUGUUCAGAACCAGACUGGACCCAGUUGGUUCUGGUGUUCAGAACCAGACUGGACCCAGUUGGUUCUGGUGUUCAGAACCAGCUGGUUCUGGUGCGCAGCAGCAGCCCAGCAGGUGGUUCCCUGAGCCUGUUGAAUGUGUGUACUGGUGUUUUACUGCAGGUGUUUCUGUAAAGGUUGUGCUGAUAAUGAAGCUACUAAUCUGAGCUAAAGAGACGAGAUGUUGAUGAAGAACAUGGAGGAAGAUGAGGAAGACUCAGCCUGCGAUGGUCAGGAGGUUAAAUGUGUAGAUUAAAGUGUAUUAAUGUUCCUUAACCAGAAUGUCUAGAACAUGAAGGAACAGCAGAUUUACAUUUUUCAGGAUAGAAGUACGACUAAUCCCAUGUUUGUUUGACUGCAAACAGGAUGCAGAUUUUAUGUGACAUGGAUGAUUGUGCCUUUGUAAUAUUCUGUGUUUUAAUGUUAAAUUUCUGAAAUUACAACAUGUUUGUCAGG